GUAGUAUCACAUGACUACAAGAUGUAAAGUGUUCAAAACUACUGGAGGUCUAUCGGAUGCAGUUCAGUGUUAUACACGGUCAAAGGUCAACUAAGCUCGAACAACGUUCAGUUUGCUGUCUCACGAUGUAGUAUCACAUGACAACAAGGUGUAACGUGUGGAUACAUGCAGGAGGCUUAACGACUGGAGUUCCAUGCUACAUACGACAGUAACAUGUAAUCAUAGUCUAUUCGGAACAACAUGGCGGAGGCAUCCAGUGGUCCUGCACCUGCUCCGGUGUCCGGAUUCGAUGUUUCAGUUCAGAUCUGUCCAUACACUAUCAAAGGCAAAAAAGAACAUAGUGAAGAUCUUGCUAAGAGGCUAUGGUCAUGCAUUCAUGCUGCUGAUUUUCAGGAAUUCUUGAAUCAGACAGGGCGUGCUUACUUAAUCAAAGAAAUCAUCCAUCACCAAGGAGAAGAUGAAAUCAACAUCAUUUUCACAAUACGUGACGGGAAGGCUUGGGCUUCAUUCAAAACCCGCUUCCAUAACGAUUUAUCGAAAAACAUUAAUGCUUAUCUAGAUAGGAAUAAACGAACCCUUUUAACUACGUUCAGUCGUAUUAGGAAAGACAAUUCAUAUGUGCAAUACAAAGUCAGCAUGUUUGAUAAGCAGAAGACGACGAAACAAGCGGAAAGUUUCUUCGUAGACUUGCAAAACACAGAAAGAAACGUCAACGAAAAGACUCCAGUUGUAAAGGAAUUUAGCGAAACUUCCAUUGAAAGUGCAAAGGCGAAAGAAAUUGACAAGGUCCCGCAUCCAGUAGCUGGUUCAACAUUAACAUCAAUCUCCAAAGCUGCUCAUGUUCAUGAAGACAGCCAAGUUGCGAAAAAAAUGGUUAAUUUGGAACCGAGAAAGGAACAAUCCGGACAUUCUCUCGAUCCGACUCCUUUGCAAGAUGGCACUUAUAUUGAACUUUUGUUUUCAGUUUUCAUCCCAGACCAUGUAAGCGACCAAGUAUCAAAUGUUUUUCUGGAAACAAAUUGUGAAGGCGUAAAUAACAUUCCUCUGCGCCGAUUUCCACAGUCAUCUCUCUGGAGUGCGGAUGUCGCAGUGCCAGCAACGAGACAAGGAUUUAAAUUUCGUUUCAAAAUAAGGAGACAAAAGCAAAUAGUGACCGGAAUAAUUUUUCCCACUGUCAAUCACGAACAUAUAACUGAAUUUACGAAAUCGUUUCAGCGAAAUGAAAACGAUUCGAAUAGACGUCUUGAUUUUCUAGUAACUGAUGACAUUUACUUGCAAUACAAGGGUUAUGCCGAAGUAUGUGCAUCAAUUAUUACUUCGGUAGCGGAAGUAUCUCUUAAACAAGCAAUCAUUGAUCUUGAAAACUUCCAAAAGGAUUGGAAAUUUGCUUAUGGAAAUAAUGACAUAUUAGACUUUAUCGAAAAUCAGUUAGAUUACUUAUCUUACAAAAGAGAACGUGCAUUAUGUUUUUUGGUAUUUCUGUCAAAUUUACCAAGCACAUACCAUCGAUUUGUGAAAAAAAUGAUUCCAGACAUCCUUGGUGCAGUAACAUGCUCUACUUCACAUGAUCUCACAAGAUCAUGCGCUGAUAAAGUUGCUUCUACAUUAUUGCAUUUGUACUUAUAUCAUGAAUCCAAAAGCAGGAAAAGUUUUGUAGGAUUUGUGGAUAUUGCCUUCCCGUUGUUACCAUCGUAUUCUCUCAGCAAAGUCUACACCGAGAAAUGGAAAGGUACGACGUAUCAAUUUUCCGUCGAUGAAAUGCAAGAUGUUUCAGUAUUGGACUCGUUCCAGAGAGAAACAUCGCAUACAAAUGAAGACAAAAAUUUACUGGACAUCGUAUUUAGAAAUAUAGAGUUAAGGUCUCUAGUAAGUUGCACAAAUCGUCUGCUUAAAAAGUACGGAAUGAUGGAUAAGAUGACAAAACUUUCGCUCUCAGCGUUGUGUACCAGAACAAAAUUAGAAAUCAUCAAAUCUAGUAAAGAACGCAUGGAUCGAUUCAAACGUUUAUUUAAGAUAUGGGAGUUAAUGCAGUUAAGUCCUGUGUCCCCAGAAUCCAUUGAAGUUCUUUCUCAAUUUGAAAAAAGUAUCAUCCAUGUGAUCCAAUCAACUGAUUUGUUCUGUAAAUGUGAAUACUGGGAUGACAUUUUGCACGUCUGCGUUGACAAGGAUGCAUCAAUCUUUACACAACUCGAAGAACAAAUCGUUCUUAUUCAAACAAUCGCUUCUGCUCAAAACAUGAACAUUUGUUCAUCAUUAGUGACAAUACUGGAUUCUGACAAAUUUGUUCACUUGGACACUGACGCCGGAAACUCGUUAUUGGUUAAAUGGUUUGACAACAUUAUUGCCCAUCAUUGCAAAUCCCAUCGCAAUAUCUCCUCUCAAGAUCUCUGUCAUGUGUAUAGACAUCUUGGUAAGAUGUCUCAAACGCAGUAUUUGAAGUCGAAGCAAGAUAUGCUCUGCCCUUUGUCUGACAAGAUGCAAAACAUACUGAGAAAAAGAACAAUGAGAGAAAACAUUCAGACGACACCUGAUAUCGAAAAGCUGGAAAUUCCAUAUGCAGAAACAGAGUUCGCCUCACAUAUGAAGACAUUGAUCCGAGGAGGACAUGACAGGGGUGGCUUUUCCGUCAACGACAUCAUAAAGGAUAUCACUGGUUGCAUCACUCCACUGCGUAUACACUCCAGAGUUACCCUUGGUAUAUGUAGAAGUUUGAUGAAGCUGUCAGGUGUAAUCGAGAGCUCAACAUCAGAAGACACUUUCUUGGUUUUGCUCGAGUGUUCAACACUUUGGAAAGUUCUGUUUGAUGCCGAAGGAACGAAGAAGGAACAGCUUAUCAAAGAUGCACUGUAUUCACAUUCAGAAAAGGCACUGCAUAAUGUAGUUAAAAGCAUAAUGGAUGGAACAGUUUCCUGUAGACUGCUCAAAACUUUAAAAAUAGUGCCUCAGAUGAAGAUUCUACUGCCUACUAAUAUGUAUGACCGCAAUAAGGUGAAAGCGAUUAUUACAAAAUUAUACAGUUCUAAGGAGUUGGUAGAAUCCACGCUAAAGAAUAUGAGAAACAUGACUAUAUUACUUGAGGUAGUUUGUAAACGAACUGGAGCAACAUUCAGGACCCAAGUUGAAGUAGUAAGAAAUCGCAUCCAGUCUGAUGUUGAUCAUAUCACAAAUGAUAGUAUAGGAUUUGCAGAACUGGAGAACUUUACCGAAUGGGUAACAGAAAUGCAUAAGGACUUGACUACUGUAGAUUUCCUCCUAUCCGAAUCUCAAAUGUACUGGAAUGCUGUCCUUAAUCGGCUUGGUCAAAAUUUUGAUGACUGGUGUGGUGCAUUGAUGGAGACUGACUCAGGGGAAACUCUCCAGAUUGAUGCUGUUGAGGACAUCAGAUGGCUGUUUUCCUCUGAUCUCCCGCCGUGUAGAGAUGACGAAGACGAUUCCCGAAAGGCUAUUCGAUUAUUUGUCAACUUACUUUGCGGACCUGUCCUUGAGGUUUACAAGAAAUGGUGGGGAAAUAUGUCAAAGCUCGAGGGGACAAGCAUAUCUGACGUUGUUUCUUAUUUUCAGAACGAAGCCGAUAUCCAAAAGGAGAUGGAAACCGCAAAACGCGCCCACAUAACAUUAGGAUCGAAUAUAAAGAAGGCACUAACAAAUUUUGAAGAAUAUCCCCAGUAUGAGGAUAGGUUCCAUGCAAUUAAAGACACGUUGAAAGCGUUUAAGUUAGAUUCGACGACCGAUGAAAUAUUCCAUCGCGCAAUUUGUGAAUUUGAUAAUCUGUGUAAACAGAGUGAUGACCUGUUGUUAAGGGAUGUUGGUGAAGCUGUUCAAAUACUAAAAGAUGCUACAAAGGAAAUAGAUGAUGAGCUUAUAGUUAUCAUCAGAGAACUCGUACGUUCGUCCUCAUUAGUAGCAUUUUUACGAGAAGUUUUAAAUGAGGACUUACGCAAUCUAAUCGAUGCCGUAGAGGAACAUUCCGAACAGUUUGUUUGUGAAUCCACUGUUUCCGAUUUAAUUGAUAUCAAACAGUUUUUACUUCCUGUACUGAAAAUGGACUUUGAGCAUAAUGUCAGGGCAUUCAUUGAUGCUUUUACAAGGAGCUAUGCAACUUGCCGAGUAAAACAGAUCCCUGCUAAGAUUCGGAUGUGUAUGGAUAAUGUCCAUAGCCUGAAGUCACUAUACUAUAAUGUUGCAAACAAAGAGGAAAAUACUAAAGAGGUAAUCAAAAUGAUAAAUCAUGGCGGCGUCUUUCGAAUAUAUGUGAACAAACGACCAUGUGAGUUGAGUGUUGAGUGGAAGCAGGACAAAAAAGUGUUUGAGUACAGUCAGUCCCGUUUGAGUGAUCUCCGAAGUCGUGCGCUACUGAUAAUGAACACAGAGGAAAAACGACGUUCUAGUCGAAAGGAAACUCGUAGGUCUAAACUGACAGAACAUUUGUCCAAUUUUUCGUCACUGGUCGACACAUUAUUUGCAAUAGUAGACAAGUUUGAUUCACUAAAGGCUCUUGGACAUUUCUAUUGGUGUAGUCACUCCACACAAGUGGUUAAACCAAAAGAAGCAAAGCAUAUUCUAGACAAACUUACAAAUGAACUCUCAGAAUGGGGAUCUCUACUGAGUCAAAACAGAGAACAGUUUUACUUUAUGAAUUAUAUAUCAUCGGAACACCUUCCUGUAUUGCAAUCGUUUUUAGAGCGGGGAACUAAUGGUAACCGAGUUUUUAAUAUUCUGAAAUAUGUAAAUCCAAACGUAAACCUUACUGAUCUAGACACUCUCCGCGAAAAGUAUACUUCAAUGACAAUGGAAGACAACAUGGAAAACAAACUCUACAAAACAGGUCAUUCUGUUCAGAUUGUUUUUGAAACGAUUGUUCCAAUGAGUAGGACCUUUUUGGAAAUAGAACGUGGAAAUGUCAAAUUAACAGAUACCGUUUUAGAAGGCAAACUUCACAUUUCUGUUUUAGAGCAAGGGAGCCGUUCAGUGCUUCACACUGUUCUAGCGUUACAUCAAAAUACGACAGGGUUUCUUCCAGAGUCUAACCAACUGUUAUUUUGCAACAGUCAAACGACACAAGAUGAACUGUGCCUGUUAAUCAACAGGUGUCUAGUAAUAGCAAAAAGUGCCUUGCAAAGAAGAUUAUUUUGCAUAGUAAAUGCCGAGUUACUCUCAUAUGAGCUGCAAUUCAAACUCACCCGUUUACUUCAAUGCCUUCCUAGAGAAGAAAAAUAUCUUCUGGCAAUAGUCUGCAAAGGAAGAGAUCAGUGUACCUUUCUUGAAUGGUUCCAUGAUAACGUUACUGGAAUUAGACCAUUGACUGAAAUACAACUUAGGAAAUGUUUCGAAUCAAAAUGGCCAAAUGUUACCACUGUUACGUCAGACAUACCUGGUCUUGGAAAAACCGAAACUGUGUAUGACAUUGCAUCAAAGCAUUCAAAAAGCGUGAAAACUCUUCAUGUGAGUGGUUUGUUUGACAAAUCCAAAAUUGUAAAGCUACUUUUGGAUCUGAAUUUGAGACCACAUCAUUUGUUGCAUAUUGAUAUUGGAAUGAUAAAUGAUCCAAUGGCUUUAGAUUUGGUCUUGUUUCAAUUGAUUGUAACAGGAUUUGUCGCUGCAGGAACAUAUGCAUAUGCUAUCCCAACUGACUUUAUUUGUAUAGAAAUAGCCAAUUCAAUUAACAAUACUUUAAUUGACGGUUUGUCGACAGCCAUUCAUUUCAAACGCAGAACAUUACAGUGGGAAGAAUAUACUAACAUGAAAACUACGUCAGAUGUUAACAGUCCUUUACAGGUAGUGUGUCAAUAUUUGAAUCAUUUGGAAACUCACAAAUUAGACAACACAGAUAUAUAUUUCCACGGUAGUAGCAAGGUGCUUCCUCUCGAAAAAAGGACAUGCAUUCAAUUACUUCAAAAAUAUUUCUCGUCUGCGAGUGACAUGUCAUUCACACUAGUGGGAAUUUUUGUAAAAGUUCUUGCCGAUCAGCUGAAAAAGAUGUCAGCAAGUAUCUUUUUCAGACAAUCAAGCAUCAACGCAAUACUUGGAGAUACGGGUAAUCACACAUUAAAGUCAAACCUGGUCCAAAUCAUCGUGGAGGUUUCAAAGGAAUUCGCAACGAGAUCGAUUGGUACUUGUCGCACCUCUCAGGCUGCGGUCGUCUUAAACACUCGGACUGAAAAUAUUGAACAGUUAAGCACUGCAGCAAUGCUGGCACAGAGAGUUCAGGGGAUGAUCCAAUGGGAAGAAAGCAACCACCUUGUUGUGAUAUUUCACCAUGACAUGCAAACAGUGUCCGCUUUGUUCAGGAAAAUAACACAAGUACCAGCGACAGUUAAAAACCUUUUCCAAAGUCAGAUGAAAAAAUCAUUUGAUAACCUAGAGAAAGCAUCAGUUGAGGAACUUCAGCGCAUUAUCGUGAGAUUCACGAGUAAAAGUCUUCCCCAAAAAGACAUGCUGUCUUCACUGGCAUUAUCAUACGCCUUGACACCUGACAAUCUUCUAAAAAUGAUUUUAGUAGUUAUGAGACUUCAGUCGAAUGUCCCCGUUGUUAUCAUGGGUGAAACCGGAUGUGGAAAAACGUCCCUUGUUAAAUAUCUGUCCACUAUUUCGGGAAUAGAGCUGGAUGUGUUGAGUAUUCAUGCCGGAACGUCAGAAGAGGAAAUUAUCUCAAAAAUUGACAACAUUCAAAACGUGGCGCAUAAAAAUUUAUCUACUCGCAAGUGGGUGUUUCUGGAUGAAAUAAACACAUGUGACCACCUAGGUGUUAUCACAGAUAUGCUAUGCCACCAUCGGUACCAUGGGAAAACACUAUCGGCAAAUAUAUCAAUUAUUGCAGCAUGUAACCCAUAUCGCCUGAGACCUAGAGACGCUGUUCAUACUGAAGGAUUGCAGGGGAAAAUAAGGGAAGAUGAGCUAUCCAGAUUAGUAUAUAGAGUACAUCCACUUCCUGAAUCACUUAUGGAUUUUGUUUGGGAUUAUGGCAGAUUAAGCGAUACCGAUGAAAGAAGAUAUAUCAGAACAAUGGUUGGAAAUGUACUGAAAUCACCAGGAUUGUCAGAAACACUUACUGAAUUACUUAGUGUGUCCCAGAUAUUCACCAGAGAUUCGGAACAUGCAGAUUACUCUGUCAGUCUUCGGGAUGUCGACAGGACAAUUAGACUUUUGAAAUGGUUCAUCGACAUGUUGACAGAAAAGGAGUGUAAAACACAUGUUAUUCAUGAAUUAGAAAAGAAAGCAGUAGUGUUGGCAAUGGCAAUGUCUUACCACAGCAGAAUAUGUAAUGCAGAUAGAAGGAAGGAUUACAGAAUCAAAAUGGCGUCCAUAUUUCCUAAACAACUCAACAUUGUGGAUGAAACACAUAUCACAGAAAUGAUAAAUACCGAACAGAAUGAUAUCCUUAACAGAAUGGAGAUACCAGAAGGAAUAGCACGCAACACAGCACUGCGUGAAAACGUCUUUGUUAUAUUUGUUAGCAUUUUAAACAAAAUCCCGGUAUUCAUCGUCGGUAAGCCUGGUUGUAGUAAAUCACUAUCAAUGCAGCUUAUUCGUAGUAACUUGCGUGGAAAGGAUUCAAAAAAUGACUUCUUCAAAACGCUACCACAGCUGUUCUGUGUGUCAUUUCAGGGUUCAGAGUCAUCAACAUCUGAUGGAAUUGUAAAAGUUUUUGAAAAAGCAAAACGAUAUCAAGACCGGAACACACACGACAACGUAUUGUCAGUUGUAAUACUUGAUGAAAUAGGUCUUGCAGAAAUAUCAAGGUUUAAUCCAUUGAAAGUCCUUCAUGGUUUACUAGAGCCUGACGGUAAAAAGAAUCCGGAUGUAGCAGUAGUUGGAAUAUCAAACUGGGCACUUGAUGCUGCUAAAAUGAAUCGUGCUUUACAUCUGUCUAGGCCUGAAAUGGAUGUUGGUGAGCUGUACGAAACAGCCAAAUCAAUCAGCCAGUCUUUGAUGCCAGCAACACAAAACGCAACACAAGUCUGGUCUUUUGACGAAUCACGUUUUCUCAAAGACGAUGUUUUAAUUACUUUGAAAGCUUUAGCAUCCGCUUUCAAUGAGUACAAUUUGAGUCAGAGAUUCAAAAACUUUCAUGGCCUGAGAGAUUACUACUCUCUUACAAAAUACAUAAGCAGAUGUACUGCCAUUUCUAAAUCCGAGAUUAUGGAAAGUAAGAAAACUGACAUCAUUACCCAUGGACUUUUGAGAAAUUUUGGUGGUCUGCCCACUGAAAUGACAAGUAUGAUGGGUAUAUUUCAAAAGCAUCUCGAGACAACCUGUAAAAUGAGUAUUCCUGUUCUGGAUCUCAUAAGAGCUAACGUACAGGAUGUGUCUUGUCGACAUCUGAUGCUUAUAACACAGGGGGAUGCAGUUAUAGGCAAGUUAGACCAGCUGCUGAAAGAAUGUGGAAAGGAAUAUGUAAUGAUGUUUGGAAGUCAGUUUGAAGAUGACUUGACAGACGAUUAUAACUAUCGUAUCUUAAGUAGAAUCAUUCUUUGCAUGGAACAAGGAAUAGCUUUGAUUCUGAAAGACCUUGAGAAUAUCUAUGGUAGUUUAUAUGAUAUGCUGAAUCAGAACUACACCGUUGUUGGGAAAAAGAAGAAUUGCAGAGUGGCACUAGGCCCGUACAGUAAUCCCAUGUGUCACGUGAAUGAUGAUUUUAAGUGUGUAGUCCUGGUGGAAGAGAUGAAUUUGGACUAUUCUGAUCCACCGUUUCUUAACAGAUUUGAAAAACAACAAUUUCGAUUUGGUGACCUGCUUUCUCCAGAAGAUAAAACAAACAUAUCAGAAUUAGAAACUCUACUAUGCGCUGUUUUUGAAGUUCCUGGUACUUCCUUCACUGUUUCAAACGCAUUGCCCAUUUAUGAAACAGAUGUGCUCUUUUCACUUCUUCUCAAUGUCAAGGAAACAACGGACAAAGAUAACAUGGGUGAUAUCAUUAGUUUAUGUUUGCAUCGUAUUCUGCCGUUGGUUUUUCCAGAUGCAAUUGUCAGAGCAAGUCGAUCAACUCUUUCGAGUGAGCAACCAACAAAAGUGCAAAUGUUGACAGAUGAGUACUUUAGGCUUCCUUUACAUGAAGGUUUAGAAUCGUUCUUGACAGCCCAACAUACAGCAUUAGACAGCACACUUUGCUCUGAAUUAAUGCAAACAAAUCAAGGUGAGGAACUGUGUGUCAUAUUUACACAUAGUAGUAUGCAUAUCAACAUCCAUAGUCUCCUAGACAAACACAACUUAAGUGUAGAGAAAAUUGGAGCAUUCCGGUCAGAAAAGGAUUUAACCAACGCAAUAGAUAAAUUCUUUGAAAAUGAUGGUGAAUUUCUAUUUCUUCAGUUCGAUUCUCGGUAUGACAUGCAACAUUUUUUUCUCACAAAAAUUACCGUUGAGCACAAAAAAAGGGAAUAUGCGAAGCUUUCAGCAGAACAACAAACUCAUAAGUAUGUGUACUUGCUUGUCCAUCUUGGUAUUGGCGAUCGCAGUGAGUCAAAAAUCUCACAAAUACAUUUCAUGUCCGAAUGGAGCAUCGUAAUGCUUGACACGCUUGAGAAACCGGAUAAAAGUAUACUUGACCUAAAAAACCGAACACUCACAGAAAUUAUCUCAAACAUGCGUCCCUUACAUAAUUUUAUUAAGGAACAACUGCUAUGGGCAUUUACUAGAAUACAGUAUAGUCAUGAAGAUCGUCAUGUAUUUGAGUUGGAACAGGCCAUAGAACACCUGCAGUCGUCUUCUCUUCUCAUGAAAAUGAUCGAUGAAUUCGUCUAUUCCCAAGUAGAAAACUUAGUGGAAGAUGAGGUUAAUUGGGAAUUCAACAUUGCAUCUGACGAGCAUGCCUUGAUCAGCGCGGGAACAUACAUCGGAGCUAUUGAAAGUCAUAUACAGGACAUUAUCAGAAAACCAGUGGCAGUUUUUGUAUUCAAGAUGGAACAAGAAGGCUGCCUGGAAUCUUUAUUCAUUCAAGAUGCCAAAAGCAGUCAUAGGCAGAAAACCUGGGAGUAUCUUGCUAGCAAUAAAGAGAUUUGCAAUUUUGAAAGCAUUCCGUUACCAUCUGGUCCGGAGUGUUACAGCUGCACAACGCCAGCUACUGUGCGCAAAGUACCAUUCGGUAACCAUAUAAUGCUAGAAAUUGAAGAACUAAGGGAUGACUUUCUACAAAUGCUUAGAAAAGUCAAAGCACAAAGCAAAGAAUAUGUCGACGACGAGGAAAACCCUAUUGAAAUCGUACAUGCCGUGUUGGAUGGAUAUAGGGACAUUAUUACGUCAAAUACACACUUAGCUGAACUAGAUCAGGCUGGAUAUGAAGGAAUGAUCCAAGAUUAUUUCCAUGACUUUUGCAAUUUUAUGACAUUCUCACAUUCAUCAAAAGACAUAAGGCCAGCAGAAUCAUUACAGUGGGCAAUUAAUAGCACGAUAACAUGGGAAAAAGAAACCUUUCUAGAUUCAGUCGUCAUGUUGCAUGCAGUAUACUGGACUUAUACGGAUAGAUUAGACUGCAUAGUGAAAAUUCUUGCUCUUGCGUGCACCAGUGGAUCCGAGGAUUUGCAUAUCCAUGAUGUCAUUUCAAAGCUCAAUUCGGACCAAGAACAAUUGGAUUCGUACGCUUCGGAGGAGGAAAAUGAACGAAGUGAUGAACAGAUAACUGAUAUGGAGGAGAGCGAAAACAGUGACGAUUUAACAUCAGAGCUGAACAUGAUAGACAAACUGAUUUUGCUUGUUGGUAAUAUGCUUUUACCUUCAACACACAAUGUUCAUGCCAUCGGUUUUGAAAAAUGGAAACACAGUGUGAGUCGCGCAUUGCCGUUGAUUGGUCAGAUAUCUUCGGAUUUACCGAUGAACCACAAGCUGCGUUUCUGCUCAGAUCUAGCUGCGAUAUUGAUCGUUCCGUACAACCUCGAUGCAAAUCUAUUGACUACUGUUGGAGAUCUUCUGCAGCAAUCAGAAUUAAAUGACAAAGAAAUUUUUAAUGAGGUUUUUAACCUUCUUAAAAAAUUGAUAAAUGACAACAACAACAUUCCAUCCCUCAAACUAAAGAAGAUUAUAUCACUGUACAUGUACCGCUGUAUUCAAACGCAAUCCGAAAAUGACGAUAUAUUCAUCUGGUUUUUAGAAUGGAUCGAAAAAGAGGACGCCUGUAAUCAUAAUUCAAGUUUUCUGUUACCUGAUUUCCAUUUUAUUGGAUCCAUACUUCAGAUUGCAAUAGCAUCACAACAAGCAGAAGAUGAAGAUUUAUUUUCGUCUAUACAGGAUGGAAAUAACCACUGGAAAAGCAAUGCAUUUUGCAAAUCGCUUCAAGAUUGUCUCAGUUCAAUUUCUCCAAACGGAAUGUUGUUUGAAGGACUGAGCGUUCUUUUGGUACAAAUUAUUCAAAAAACAGUUUUCGAGGAAGAUGACAUCGACAGUUCACAAUAUUCUGUAUGUAUGGAAUCAUUAGAAACGGCAUUAAGCAUGGUGUCAAUAGAUGAGGAAGACAAUGUUCCGUUGAUACAAAUCUUUAGCUCUGCUUUAAUUCGCCAUACACUGGAUAUAUCAGCAGGAAUAGCAUUGCAAACAGAAUUUAACAUUGAGGAUAAUCAAGCAAUGCUACAGAAUUUAAAUGCAUUACUUGAGCCACCAACUGAUUGUGGGGAUCCCAUGAGAUAUGGACCUUUGCUAUAUUUCCUACGACGGUUGAAACAAAUCGCUGGGCUUCGAAAUGUCCAAAAGCUUGGGGAACACCUAGAAAUUUCUAUGUCAACAGUCAAACAUAUUGAAUGGACAAAAGAUCUCACAACUGUUUGCUUAGAAUUCAAUCCAUUGGAAUUCUAUUGUUCAGCGGAAGCGGUAGAAGAAGUCGAAGAUGCAUGCAACAAGUGGCCAAAUUCCGAAGAGCAACUCAAAAGAUUUUGUGAUAAAAUGGCAACAGAUGUUGACAAGGCACUCCAUAUCGAAAGGAUCAUAUUGGCAAUAUUUUUUAAGAGAAUGUUUGUACCCUUACCAGAGUCCGCGAAAAAGUUUGUGGCAGCAGUAUGUCAGUUGAUACCAAAACAUAGCCUUCCGAAGGAACAUGUGGAACUGUUGCCGUACUUAUGUGGACACAUAGAUUUUAGCCAUUACCUGUUUCAUCUUAACACUGAAAUUGAGGAGCCCGAUCCACAAAUUGUCUCUGUUUUAAUGCACAUGAUGUUUAUAACAACCCUAUAUGGAAAACCAGGGCAUACCUUAUAUGACUGCAUUCACAAACCUGAUCAGUUUGACAGUCAUCCAGUACAGAUUCUAAAAACCAGUAUAGCACAAAAUAUCAGGGAAAAGUUUUCUUGCAGGAAAUGUCCAUGUAGAGUGAUUUAUGUUGCAUCUACAGAUAUCUGUCCAUCAUGUAAACAGAAGCAGCAUUCUACAGAAAACAUGAAAGUUGCAUCCAUACUAAAUGGUACAGAAAAACACACGGAUUCCUUAUUAUCAUAUUUGAUAUACAGAUUGCUGGUUAAUGGAAGUCUAAUCUGUUCUCUUGCUUUACGUCUUUGCAAUGAGUCCAAGAUUGCAGCAAUAGUCAGUUCAAGUGAUGAUGAAUCCAACGUAUCAAGAACUCUUCACAAACUUGUCAGGACAGAUUGGAAAAUAUUGUGUCAGCAGUUGAACAUCAGUCAUUCAGAUUUAUGUUGUCUCUUAAACCUAUUUCUUUGUGCAAACAAGGAUAUGUCUCUCCAGCUUCUCAUUCCAAGUGAUUCCAAUUUUAUCACAAAGUUUCAAGUCUUCACAAAGUGUUGUAACGAUUUUUUAAGGAAUCGACACGAAACGUUAGCCGAACACCGUGCAGAAUUCGCAAAUCGUAGGGGUCUCCAAAAUAGUAUUGAACAUGCGCUAGAGAUCGAUUACAGGUACACUCUGUACGUUCCAUCGGACAAUGUAUCAGUGGAAAACCUUACUGCUGAACUCUCAUUACUUGAUCAAUCAGAAAGCGCAUUUUUGCGUGUAGCUUUGAGUAAUCGGCAAAUUCUUUCACUGCCAAAAUAUAUCACAGAUAUUUUGAAAUGGCAUCUAGCAGUUGUAAAUUGUAUGAGUUACAAAGUAAGAAAAUGUGAGUGUACAGAACAAACCAUCGCAAAAUUUCUCAGUAUGGUCGAUGAAGAUAACUCAAACGCUAGAUUAAAACAAAAGUUUGGCAAUCUUAAAAUUGCAUGGAACAUACUCAGAGAAAAUAGAGAAUUGCUUUUAGAAAUAUCACCCUCAUUGCCAGACAUGGAAUUGAUGACAAUAAAUUCGUGUGCGUCAAGCUGCUUGCUUAUAGACAAAAACUCACCAAUUCACCAAGUUUUGGAAGUUCUCAUUUCUAUACAAAACAACAUUCUUCUUGAAGCAAUGGAUAUUUCACGUUCAUCAGACUAUCCUGACUUCAGCGUCUUGUCGUGUGGUCCAGAUGCAGCAGUGGUGCGGUGCGUGUCUGUUCUGGACGUAACAUCAGCCGAUGUUAUAUCAUUUAAAUGGACCGACGAUUUCUUACGGUUUGCACAAUGUAAACCCAACUCUGGAAAAGGGAGUAGUAUUUUGUAUGAUUUUCAUAAGGUAGAAAUGGAAGUCGCUCACGAACUCGUGUUCAGAAAAUCUUUUAUCACAAACACCGAGACGAUUCCACUAAUCGUGUUCGCGGACGAACUGUUCAGGAACAGCGUUACCUUACUACAACGAAUCAGCCGUAAAUUAACACCGCAAGUGCCCCUAACAAUGGAACUUAAACAAGGGAUUGAGUAUAAAUGGAAAAGAAAUCCCUCUCACACAAUGCAGCUUCUGUCACAGAUAGGAAUCGUACUGUCACUUCUGAACAAAACUGGGGGAGAUUCCCAGACUUCUCUCGUUGACUAUCUUGCGGCAUGGAAGAAUUAUGUCAAUUACAAAUCAAUCGUUCAUCUCUUGCCUGAGCCGGAAACCUUAAUCAAACUUUGUCAUGUCGUGGCGUUGUAUGAGUGGAUGGAAUUAAGAAGCGGAGACGAAAUCAGCGACACCCUUGGUGAAGUGUUUCGUGUGCAUGUGACCAGCGAGAUUCGGCAACAUUUCCAGACAGCGAAGCAGCAACAUUCUUCUCUGGAGAUAGUAGACAGAGUGUUGAAAGUAUUUGUGCACAGGAACUUUUCAACAAACGACGUUAAUGUCCAAUUGAAUCGACCCUUGGUCAAAUAUUUAAUGGACCCAAUCUAUUGGAGACAGGACAUUGACGUUAGAAAUGGGGCCAUCGACGAGACUAGUAAGGAAGCCAUGGCUUUACAGCAGGUUCUCUCUCCAGAGUGUCUUGUGGAACAUUUAUAUGAAACGAUGGAACUAAUCAAACAAGCAAUUGAAGAGAAACAGGCAAGCGAGAUGCGGAUCACCUUGGCGUCUGCUGUUUUCAAAGAAAAAAUGACGACUCGUACACAACCCGUGAAAAAACGAAGGAAAUUGGUGUCAAAACUCAUCGGAAAGACGUAAGGUUCAUCAUACGUACGAUGUCUAACAUCGUAAUAAACAGGUGGCUGGACACAGUAAUCAUCCAAUCCUUGAAAGGAAUCGUUCACAUAGCUCUGAGUGUGUACUCGAAACACUGAAUAUACUUUUAACUUACAAUAGCGAUGUUUCUUGCAAAUGCACAGGAGAAGCUUUAAAGCUUCUUGUUAUGGAAACAUUUUUUCACAUACUUGUAAAAUAUUUAAUUUUUAUAUACACGUUUGUCUAGUUUAAAAGGUACAAUUUAUGUUAAUACACUUCAUCCUUAUCAGUUUAUACAAUAUGGAAUAUGCAACAGAGGACGAUUUGCUAUUGAGACAGUGCUGAAUUGUACUGAUUUAAAUUUUCAUACAUAGAAAUGACAGUGUAAGUAAACAUAUUUGCUGCAGCAUUGAUUUUUUUGUCUUGUUUAAAUAUUAUUAUUAAGAGUUUAUAAUGUAUAGUAUGUAAUCAAUUAUCAGUACUGCAUAUAAAAUACAAUCAUUGGUGCAAUGUGAUAAGGAUCGGGGUUAAAACAGGUUUUCACGUCAGCAAAGUUUUUAACAGCUUCAUCUAUUUCGCUGUAGUGGUGCUUUGUAAAUAUAACAGAUAUGAGGAAAACUUAGAUGCAUUGUGGCUUAAUGAUUUGUUUUUAGUAGAGAUAAGUGGAAAACAUGGGUGGUUUUUUUCCUCAAUGCUUUGAAAUAAUACAAAAAUGAUAUGAACAUACAGCAUAUGACAUCCUGCAACGCGUGUGGGAUAAAUCUGUUAGAUAUUAUAUGCUUUGACUCAAUAUCUUGUUAACAUGAUUAAACUUGUAAAUAUAAAUAUGCAUUGUGAAUUAUAUAUAAAGAAAAUGUACUUACAUAGGAUAUGCAUUGUAAUUAAAAGAGUUAAUGAGUUCAUAUUAUGCUGGAUAUACAUUGUUAUAUAUACAAAGCAUUUUAAUCAAUAUAAACAUGUCAUAAGUAGUCUGGCUUGGUGACUCAAUGUUCUGUAUAUUUAAGAUAAUUAUUACGUAAAUGUAUCCAUUGUUUGACUCAGUGCAUUGUCCGUAGUAUAAUGUAUGAAUAUUUUGAAUCAAUGAGUUUUUAUAGAAGAUAUAAAUUAUAUAAAUGAAAAUGAAUCGUGAUUCAUUCUUAUGUACAUGAGAUAUAUAGUUCAGUGAAUAGGAACGGUGACUUAAUGUUUUCUUCUGUGGUACCAUGUAUAUACACAACAUACUAGUGGAAAUACAACGUAGCUUAAAGUUAUGUGCGUGUAGUAUAAAUAUCAUGAUAAUUCUGAAAGUGCAUUAUGACUUACGAUAGUUAAUAUAGAAUGAAAAAUAACAAAAUGGAUUCGCAUUAUUGUGAAUCCGUGCCAUGUAUAUUCAAUAUAUAGUAAAGCAGCACAUUCUUAUCAAAUAUGCAUAGAACAAUUAUUGUUCAUCAGAUAACGUAUUGCUAUUGCAAUUCAUUUAUUUUUUCUAUGAUAGGACUGGAUAUGCAUUGCGGCGCGAUGCUUUAUGUAGAUAUGUAGUAUGAAUAUCAUACAUGUACAAUAGAAUAUGUUUGGAUAGUUUCAGUUCUUUGUAUAAAGGAUAUUAUAGAUAUCAUAAUGUAUGUAGAAAUAAUAUACACAAUGUAUAUCCAAAUGAUUUCCGAGUGGCAAUUGAUGUUCAGAACUUAUGUUUGAAAAGAUGUGGUGAAACUUGUCACAUUACUUGUCAUUUAUAACUGAUACCCUCAGUAUACCAAUGUUUGAAAGACUUGUUCAUAUAUAAUAUAUCAUACUUCUUGUUAUAUAACUGUAAGUUUUAUUAAAUUAAUGAAGAUCAACACCCAUAUUUGAACAGAUAUGGUGAGAUUUGUAAUACGAUAAAUUAUUGAUAGAUAUAUUAAGCACUUAUUUCAUUAAUGAAAAUCAAUAC